AUGCAAGCGUCCGAAAGACAUGGCUUUGAAGGAGAAGGCUUCUCCUAUCUGAAAAGCCCCAUCUGGUGGAGUGGUGUGAUUAUGUUGGGAUUAGGAGAAGUUGCCAACUUCGCCGCAUACGCCUUUGCGCCCGCCAUCCUGGUGACUCCGCUAGGCGCGCUGAGCGUGCUUAUCGGGUCGGUUCUCGGUUCCUAUUUCCUGCAGGAAAUUCUCGGCACGUUGGGUAAGCUUGGCUGCGCCAUGUGCUUGCUCGGCUCCGUUGUUAUCGUUCUUCACGCGCCCCCGGACAAGCAGGUCACAACCAUUGAUGAGAUUCUGGGAUAUGCGCUUCAGCCCGGAUUCUUGAUCUAUUGUCUCGCAGUGGCCAUCUUCUCUACCGUCAUGAUAUACCGAGUCGCGCCCGUCUACGGCAAAAGAAACCCCCUCAUCUACAUCUCGAUUUGCUCCACCGUCGGCUCGGUGUCCGUCAUGUCGGUCAAAGCCUUCGGUAUCGCCGUGAAGCUCACGUUGGGUGGCAACAACCAGUUCACGCAUGCGUCGACCUACGUUUUUAUGAUCGUCACCGCCUUCUGCAUUCUGACGCAGAUGAACUAUUUCAACAAGGCGUUGAAUCAGUUUUCCACUUCGAUUGUCAAUCCCCUCUACUAUGUUACCUUCACCACCGCCACUCUGUGCGCCUCUUUUAUUCUGUUCAAGGGCUUUAACACCACCGACGCCGUGAACACCAUCUCCCUUCUGUGCGGAUUCCUCAUCAUUUUCUCCGGCGUCUACCUCUUGAACCUCUCCCGACAUGACCCCGACGGACGACAUCUGCUGAACGGCAAGCUGGACGACGAAGGAGUUCCCACGGACGGCAUUGCGAGUUUCCAAACCCGGCGCUCCAUGCAAUCCCGCCGAAGUAACGAGCCUCACCGCCGGAGCUCCUCGAGCAUUGCCUAUCUCAAUGGCCAUGGCGACCGUGAAGGGCUCAUCCGGUCCUACGACGUCGAAAACCAGGCUUUUGGGCUGUCCGAGUUGACCGAAGAGAGCGACGGGGAGCCCGGUCCUACUUAUAAACGAAGUGCCGAUUUAGAGCGCUCUUCCCAGGCACCAAAUAAACAUGAUGAGCGGUAG